AUGGUUAUUGCCGAUGCUGUCGAGGACGCGCUGGAGGAGGGCGCACUGGUCGCAGAGUUCGAGUACAACGCCGCCCUUUCUGCAAAGUUCGUUGACGCAAAGACACGGCUGGAGCGCGACAAUUACGGAAAGGGGUUUGAACCCUACGACAACCUUGUGGCACUCGAAGCGUCAAUACUGGAGCAAUGCCCGAAGUUUACCGAGCUUCACAACAACAUUGUCAACGCCGUUCGCAAGCUCGAUGUCGAGGGACAAGCUGGAGUGCAUGGAGGAAAACGGCUAGAGGGCGACGAGGAAGAUUACCUCGAACUGGUGGAGCUGCAAAAACGCAUCUACAACCAAUGUCCCGACUUCAAGGAGCUGCGCGAGAAGUACAAGAACACACCCACUUGGGGAGAGGAGCUGACAAACGGCUUCGCCUACAUGGAUUGGGUUGACGGAGAAACCAACGCGAGAAAAGAAAAAUGA